ACGUGAGUCCCGGGCGCGCGUCACGGGAACGCUGCCGGGCGGCCGGCUGUUCUAGUUGAGUUUGGUCCUCAGUGGGCCAUGGCCAACGUCUCUAAGAAGGUGUCUUGGUCCGGCCGAGACCGCGAUGAGGAGGAGGCGGCGCCGCUGCUUCGAAGGACCGGGCAGCCUGACGAGGAGACGCCGCUGCUGCUGAACGGGGCCGGGCCGGCCGCGCGCCAGUCUCAUUCUGCACUUUUCCGAAUUGGACAGAUGAAUAACGUGGAGCUGGACGAUGAGCUUCUGGACCCGGAAGUGGACCCUCCUCACACCUUCCCCAAGGAGAUUCCACAUAAUGAGAAGCUCCUCUCCCUCAAGUAUGAGAGCCUGGACUAUGACAAUAGCGAGAACCAGCUCUUCCUUGAAGAGGAGAGACGAAUCAACCAUACGGCUUUCCGGACGGUGGAGAUCAAGCGCUGGGUUAUCUGUGCCCUCAUUGGAAUCCUCACAGGCCUGGUAGCCUGCUUUAUUGACAUUGUAGUGGAGAACCUGGCAGGCCUCAAGUACAGAGUCAUCAAGGACAACAUCGACAAGUUCACAGAGAAAGGCGGCCUGUCCUUCUCCCUCCUGCUGUGGGCCACACUGAACUCUGCCUUCGUGCUCGUCGGGUCCGUGAUUGUGGCCUUCAUAGAGCCAGUUGCUGCUGGCAGCGGAAUCCCCCAGAUCAAGUGCUUCCUCAAUGGGGUGAAGAUCCCCCACGUGGUGCGGCUCAAGACGCUGGUCAUCAAGGUGUCCGGUGUGAUUCUGUCUGUGGUAGGGGGACUGGCUGUGGGAAAGGAAGGGCCAAUGAUCCACUCGGGUUCAGUGAUCGCUGCUGGGAUUUCACAGGGAAGGUCAACAUCACUCAAGCGAGAUUUCAAGAUCUUUGAAUACUUCCGCAGAGACACAGAGAAGCGGGACUUUGUCUCAGCUGGAGCUGCAGCUGGAGUGUCUGCUGCAUUUGGAGCUCCUGUGGGUGGGGUUCUAUUCAGCCUGGAGGAAGGCGCCUCCUUCUGGAAUCAGUUCCUGACAUGGAGAAUUUUCUUUGCUUCUAUGAUUUCCACCUUUACACUGAAUUUUGUUCUGAGCAUCUACCAUGGAAACAUGUGGGACCUGUCCAGCCCAGGCCUUAUAAAUUUUGGAAGAUUCGACUCAGAGAAAAUGGCCUACACCAUCCAUGAGAUCCCUGUCUUCAUCGCCAUGGGUGUGGUGGGGGGCAUUCUUGGAGCUGUGUUCAAUGCCUUGAAUUACUGGCUAACCAUGUUUCGAAUCAGGUAUAUCCACCGGCCCUGCCUCCAAGUGAUUGAGGCCAUGCUGGUGGCUGCUGUCACAGCCACAGUGGCGUUCGUCUUGAUUUACUCAUCUCGAGAUUGCCAACCCCUGCAGGGGAGUUCCAUGUCCUACCCGCUCCAGCUCUUCUGUGCAGAUGGCGAGUACAACUCCAUGGCUGCAGCCUUCUUCAACACUCCUGAGAAAAGUGUUGUCAGCCUUUUCCAUGACCCACCAGGUUCCUACAAUCCCAUGACGCUAGGCCUAUUCACUCUGGUCUACUUCUUCCUGGCCUGCUGGACCUAUGGCCUCACAGUAUCUGCUGGUGUCUUCAUCCCAUCCCUGCUCAUUGGGGCUGCCUGGGGCCGACUCUUUGGCAUCUCCCUGUCCUACCUCACAGGGGCAGCGAUCUGGGCAGACCCGGGUAAAUACGCCCUGAUGGGAGCUGCUGCUCAGCUUGGGGGGAUCGUGAGAAUGACCCUUAGCCUGACAGUCAUCAUGAUGGAGGCCACCAGCAACGUGACCUACGGCUUUCCCAUCAUGCUGGUGCUGAUGACUGCCAAGAUUGUGGGCGAUGUCUUCAUUGAGGGCCUCUACGACAUGCACAUCCAGCUGCAGAGUGUGCCCUUCCUGCACUGGGAGGCCCCGGUCACCUCACACUCGCUCACUGCCAGGGAAGUAAUGAGCACACCUGUGACCUGCCUGAGACGGAGAGAGAAGGUUGGCGUCAUCGUGGAUGUCCUAAGCGACACAGCAUCCAAUCACAAUGGAUUCCCCGUGGUGGAGGAUGUGGGAGACACCCAGCCAGCCAGGCUCCAAGGCUUGAUCCUGCGCUCCCAGCUCAUCGUGCUCCUGAAGCACAAGGUGUUUGUGGAGAGGUCCAACAUGGGUCUGGUACAGCGGCGGCUGAGGCUGAAGGACUUCCGUGAUGCCUACCCACGCUUCCCCCCAAUCCAGUCCAUUCACGUAUCCCAGGAUGAGCGGGAGUGCACCAUGGAUCUUUCUGAAUUCAUGAACCCCUCUCCCUACACAGUGCCCCAGGAGGCGUCUCUUCCUCGAGUGUUCAAGUUGUUCCGGGCUCUGGGCCUGAGGCACCUGGUGGUAGUAGACAACCGCAAUCAGGUGGUUGGUCUGGUGACUAGGAAGGACCUGGCAAGAUACCGCCUAGGGAAGGGAGGCCUUGAAGAGCUUUCACUGGCCCAGACGUGAGGGUUGGCUUUACCCUUGUGCAGCAGCACCCGAGCCCCUCUGCACCUCCUCCCAGGGUCCCUGGUCUCAGCCAAAGCCUUGCCCCCUGGGCAGUGCAACAGCAGGAGCAAAUGCCCUCCCUGGGCCUGGCUGGCGUGGGGGCCAGACCCUUUGUCUUGGGCAGUUGGUUUACAUUAGCAGCACUUUCCUUGUCCCCUGACCCCUCUACUCCACUCCUUGGACUUGCCCCUCUCCUGGGUUCCUUUUCCAAGGAUGAAAUGUGUGUGAUCACACCCCUUGUGGCUCACUUCUCAGAGCUAAUAGAGGCGCGUGUGUGUGUGUGUGUGUGUGUGUGUGUGUGUGUGUGUGUGUGUGUGUGCAGGCAGGUGUGAGCUACUACCUAUUGCUGUUUCUUCUGAUUCUGAGCACCUGUGCUGUGGUUGUACUGCCCACACCAGCUAAGGGCUUCAGCAGCAGGGGCAUGAGGAGCUGUGCAGCCUGAAGCAGGCUCUAUUGGGACCCACAUGUGCCAUCCCAUGUCUUUGUCCUGAAGAUGGAGACUGGUUAUAUGCCUAGGGCUUGAGAGCUGAAAAUCACAUGAAGACUGAAUCUGAGUUCACCUACAUCUGCCUCAGACUGGAGGUCAUAGCAUUGUGGACCACAGCGGUCUUCCCGCAGCACUUAGGACCCUGAUGGCCAUAGUGGCUUUGCUAUUAACUGUACUGUGUACACCCUUGGGCAGUGGCCUUCCAGGACCUGGCCAUCCAAGGGUGGCCCUAAGAUGGACCUGUGAGCACCAGAGCCACGGAGCCUCGCCUCUAAACCCUGUAUUGUCAAAGCUGGCUCUGCUGGACCAGGCUAACCCUGACAUCCAUCAGUCACCUUCAGAGUCUUCUCCCCAGGACGCAUCGUAAGAUAGUUGCAGUUGUCUCCGACAUGUCUGUUACAAGGCCACACAGGUCCUCCUUUGGAAAGCUGGCAUCUGCUGCCUCUCAGUUGUCUUCCCUCCAAAGGAGUGGCUCUUCCCUCUGUGAGGAGAUGGACCAAGUGUGUCACUGAGUCUGGAUAUGAGAAAUGAGAGACUCCUUUUCUCUGUCUAGGGCUCACCAUCUGGGGAGUUAGGCACGCAGCGUGUUGAUAAAAUAAGUGCACCUUCUGUAGCCAGUAGCUGCUGUCUGUGAUGGGCAGUGGCUGCAGCUCUUGAGGAGUACUACAGCUAGCCCAGGGCCCAGUAGGAGGUCACCAGGGACCUGACCUCCUCAUCCCCAUCUUACAGCCUUGCUCACUGCAGAGUGUGGUUCCUGUCACCUGUUUGGAUGACAUCCUGUCCUCAAGCCUGGGCAUGCCAGGCUCUGCAUGACAAGAAGUUUAACUGACCCACCGUGCCUGCCCCUGGUGGGUAGGUCUUUGUGACAAACCCAGGGGUGCUCUGGAUUGGGAAGAGCCAUAGCUAAGUUGGGCCCAAGGGGAUGAAGAACACUGCACAGGGCCUCAGAGACUUGGUACCAAAAACGCAUGUGCAAUCUGUCCAUAGGUCUGUGUUGACUACAUGUUGAAAUGAUAUUUUUGGAUAUAUUAGGUUAAAUAAAACAAUCAAAAUGUC